CGCGUGGAGCCUGGUCCAUCAGCCAGUGAGCCAGCAGAGGCAGAGAGUAGCAGGGCAAGCCGAGUGAGAUAACACAAGGGGGUGUCUAGAGCAUCGAAUCGCUUGCAUCGAACCAUCACAGAUCCAUCAAGAUGAAUCACAGCUCCAAUGACAAAGAACCUGAAACUAUAGAGCCUCUCCGUUAUCUCAGUAAAACAGAGGUGGCAACCAUCGAGACAGAGCUCCUGAGGGACUAUCGCUUUGGGCAGCAGCAGUUGAUUGAAAUGUGGGGUCAUGCUUGCGCCGUUGCCAUCACUAAGGCUUUUCCCUUGAGCUCCUUAAGUAAAAAGCAGCCCACCCUGCUGGUUGUUUGUGGCCCUGAGCAGAACGGCUCCAUCGGUCUGGUGUGUGCCCGCCAUCUGCGCAUAUUUGAAUACGAGCCCACGAUUUUCUAUCCAAAGCGUUCGACUCAGAGUUUGCACCAGGACUUCACCAUUCAGUGCGAGAAAAUGGACAUCCCAUUUCUUUCCUAUCUUCCAACGGAGGUCCAGCUGUUAAACGAUGCCUACAAUCUGGUGAUCGACGCCAUCAUGGGACCAGAAGCUGACCACAAUGAUGUAAAAGAGCCUUAUGCUGGGAUGCUGGUGACUCUGAAACAGGUCAAAGUCCCCAUCGUCAGUGUGGACGUACCCUCAGGUUGGGAUGCGGAUGAACCAGACAAAGAUGGAAUCAAUCCAGACGUUCUCGUCUCCCUGACAGCCCCCAAAAAGUGUGCAACAGGUUUCUCGGGAAAGCAUUUUCUGGCGGGACGAUUCCUGCCAUAUGACAUUCAGAAAAAAUAUGAACUGAAUCUGCCAGAAUUCCCAGGCACGGAUUGCGUUAUACAACUGUAGCGGAUUGUAAUAAACCUGUAUUUUGGAUAAAAAGGAUCAUGUUUUACCCUUUUGUAUUUUAUAGAUUGUUCUGUGGCAUUCUGUUACAAAUAUAAAUAUGGCAAACUUUAGGUAGAUCUGAGGAGAUGGGUUUACGAUGACCAACUGAAGCUGCAGAAAUGAGUAAAAAGUCUCUUGAGGUCUCCAAUUAAAAAAUACACAAAAUGUUGAAAAUCUUUAAAGGUGAAGUGUGUCAUUUCUACGCCAGCUGUGUCACCAUAACAAAACCUUUCCAGUUUUUUUUAUAACAUCACAGAUCCAAUGUGUUUACAAAAACGUUUACGCUUUUUAAACAAAUAAAUCUGCAAAUUGUUUAAAAAUGUCGCAAAAAUUCACACUUCACCUUUAAUGUUGGAUAAUGUUCCAAGUGCAUUACCCUGAUAGUGCCUCCGAAUGUUUACAACACCUAAAAAAACAAUGUCACUCCAAUACAAAGUAGUAGACGAUAUUCUGACAAUGAAAAACGUGUGUGUAUAUUAUUUUGUUUUUACUGUACAAUGUACACAUUUGUUUACCUGGAUGUUUACAAGCUGAAUGAAGUUGAGAGAUCUGACGUUCAAAUAAAUGAUCUAUGUAAAAACAGUU